UUUUCGGAUGCGAAGGAGGAGGAGCUUAUCCGCGGCUUCAGGGUGGUGCGCACAGAGACAGCUGAGCUCGUGUUUGACGCGCCUGGGGAGUACACUGUGCCAGAGAAGGCUGCUCCCAAGCCCACGGCGGCGGCGCCGGCCGAGGGGCCGCGGGGGGAGGAGGGCACGGAGGCGGCGGCGGCGGCGGCAGUGGGAGGAGUUGGCGCGGCAGCCGGAGCUGGGCCGGGUGGGGAGGAGGACGAGGCGCGGGAAGCGGCGCGGCGGCUGACGGCGGCGGUGUUUUCGGCGGCGGGGGGCGCGGGCGCGGGCGGAAGCGCUGCCGCGGCCGCGGGCGCGGGGCCGGGUGGGGAGGAGGGUGAGGCGCGGGAGGCGGCGCGGCGGCUGACGGCGGCCGUGUUUUCGGCAGCGGGCGGCGCGGGCGCCGGCGCGGGCGCUGGCGGCGGCGCCGGGGCCGGUGGGGAGGAGGGUGAGGCGCGGGAGGCGGCGCGGCGGCUGACGGCGGCCGUGUUUUCGGCGGCGGGCGCCAAGUGA